AUGGCGUCCCGACAGAGCAUCUGCGGCAGGUCAUGCUCCGCGAUUGCAAGCUCGUCUCGUCAGCGGCUGCGCACCUUUGCCAAUUCAAGCGUGCUUGCUUCCACCUCUCAACACUCACUGCCACAAACACCAUCACGGUUAGCACGCAAACAACUUGAACCCUUGCGGUUGUCAACGCACUUCUCACCCACUCAAAAGGCAUCUCAAUCCUCCUCCUCCUCCUCCGGUGAGACAGCCAACGAUGACCCAUUACCCUCACUCCAGCUGUUGCUCCGUGGCGGGUACAUCCGAUCCUCGUCGUCUGGCGUCUUCACUCUACUCCCCAACGCGCUCCGUAUCAUCCGCAAAAUCACCACGAUCAUCGACCAAGAGCUCUCUGCAAUUUCCGCCACCCGCUUGGCCCUGCCCAAUCUGCUCCCGUCCAAGCUCUGGCACCAGACAGGGCGUUAUAGUGUUAUGGGCAGCGAACUGUACAAGCUCCGCGACCGCAAGGAUUCCGAAUUCGUCCUCGGCCCCACACACGAAGAGGAGGUGACCAAACUCGUCGCUCACGAGAUCGACUCGGAUCGUCAGCUGCCGCUUCGCCUGUACCAGGUGACGACCAAGUUCAGAGACGAGCCACGUCCGAGGAUGGGCCUCUUGCGCACAAAGGAGUUUCUCAUGAAGGAUCUAUACUCGUUCGACAAGAGCGCGAGCGAUGCCAUGGCGACGUACGAUGAGGUGAGGCGUGCAUACGCCAACAUUUUCGAUCGCAUCUUUGGCCACUCGGGCAGGUGGAAGGCAGCCGAAGCGGAUACGGGAGCGAUUGGGGGGAACAAGAGUCACGAGUAUCACGUCCAAGACGCCGCGGGCGAAGAUACGUUGAUUUCGUGCACCAACUGCGAGUAUACGGCCAACACGGAGAAGGCGGUCUCGAUGCCCGAUCCAGCGCACAUGCCUGUCACAGCGUCCGACGUUAGGGUGCUGCUGUAUGGGUGCACGGACGUCAAAGUGCAGGACCAAGCCAUGCACGCCAUUGUCCUACCGUCGGCGCGCGCGCUCAACGAGACCAAGCUCGACAAGCUCGUCGCCAAGCUCAACAGCACCAGCCCAUCUCACCCGCCGCCCACAAUGACACAGCAGCAGCCGCAUCAGCCACAGCACCCGCAAGACAAGAUCGAGCUGUUGUACGACUCGGCAUCACCUGUUUCUGGUCCACAGACGAGCUGGGACUGGAAAGACCGACCCGAGGGACCGCUGGUGCGCUUUACCACUCUCUCGGUCCUCUCCGACUUUGAAUGCGCCUCUCUCGACCCCGCCGAACUCAACGAUGCGCUGAUCGACGCUGUCAACACAUUCGCCUCUCGGCGCUCAGCGCACUCGGAGCCAUCGCAGCACUUGCCGCUCGUCGAUUUGUUUCCCACCCAAUUCGGCCACUUUGCCACGUCGCCACUCGGCGUCGCGCCACCUCUGACGCUCGUCGAUGUGCGCACGGCGCAAGCGCACGACACAUGUCCGUCGUGCAAAGCACAUAACUCGCUCAAGGAGACGCGAGCGAUCGAGGUCGGGCAUACGUUCUAUCUGGGAGAGCGGUACAGCCGAGCGCUGCAGGCUGGGUUUUUGCCGUCGAGUGAGGUCACAGCCGAGACACGCGGUGUGGAGCGGCUGGCGAAUGGCAGGGUGCCGUUCCAGAUGGGGUGUUAUGGAAUUGGCGUGUCGCGGAUCCUGGGCGCAUUGGCGCAGAAGGCGGCGGCGGACUUCAACCGCGUCUUCAACCGCGACGUCGCCACGCUUACUGAGGACGCCCCAGCAACCCGCAGCAAGGGCCAGGGCAAGGGCAAGACCAAGAAAGCCGCAGCCGGCUUGCUGUGGCCUGCCCAAGUCGCGCCCUUCACCGCCGCCAUCAUCGUCAGCGACGCCAAGGACCCUUCGAAGCUCACAGCGGCGCACGCGGUCUGGGAGCACAUCAUCGCGUCGGCCAGAAAGAACGACUGCAGCGUCCGUGCCGUUCUAGCCUCCGUCGUCGCCCACAACACCCCCCCGCAUUCACACGCCGACGUCGCCGCCGCCGCGGCAGUCCCAUCGCAGACAGAAACGCACGCACCGAGCGCGCCGGACGACGAAGGCUGGUCCACCGACCAAGCGACCGAGAUCGUGAUCGACGACCGACACUCUACGCUCGGUAGCAAGCUCGCGGACAGCGAUCUGACCGGCUAUGCGUACCGCAUCAUCGUCGGUAAGCAUUACAGCGCGAACGCGUUGGUCGAGGUGCAGCACUGUGUGCGCGGCGCAGGCGCGUGGCAGGCGCUGCUGCUGCCGCUCGAGGCGUUUGCUCGCCAUGCUGUUGUGUAG